ACUCAAGGAUCUCCCCCUCCCAUUCUGGACAACAGGACUGAAAGAAGCGGAGCAGCCGUACUCGGGAAGGGAGUGGGCACCCGUGGCAACCGCACUUUAGAGCAGUCAGUCUUCUGCCAUCCCGCAAAGAAACAUGGAUGAACUGUUACUUAAGGAGUAUCUGACGAUGCCGCUAUAAGAAUGCGUCCACCGCACACCUCCCGUUCCUUUUUUCUUUUUCUUUUCCUCUGUAGUGCUUGGAGGACGCUGGCGAAAUCACUGUCGACCCCAGGACCAGUUGAGGUGCUGAUUAAAGUCCAGGUCUUCGACAACAGCGACCUGUCACCCCUAAAGGAAUCCAGAGUUCAGGUGUGUGGAAACCAGACCAUCUUAGCAUCCAGCCUUGCUGGGGGAGAUGGGAUUGUCACACUUACAUUCCUGUACCGGCCAGGAACGUGGGUCAUCGUCACAGCAUCAAAGCAUGGAUUUGUCACAAACUCAGCACCCUGGCAUGCCAGCCGCAUCCCACUAUACGCCUCCGUAAGUCUAUAUUUACUUCCCCAGAGACCGGCCACUCUCCUGCUGUAUGACGAUGUUGUGCAGUUACUAUUGGGUUCUCCAGGAUCCCGGAGACAGCCAUGGGUACAGCUUCAGAGGAGAGCCAUCAGACCACCACUAAACGCCUCCCAAAUCACCCUCUCUGCAAUGCUCACGUCUUCCCGCAGUCAGUAUGAGCUUGGGGGCUUCCCCUACCCCCUCGCCUUGGAGAACAACUCAACAGGAACCAACAGUAGCUGGGUGGAGCUAACUGCACUAGCUGCAAUGUGUGCUCAGCUCACUGGGCCCAAUGGUACUGAGGUCCAGGUGUCAGAACCCAUUCACAUAUCUAUCCCACUUCCUUCUGACACUCCUCUCAAGACUGCUACCAGUGUCCCAGUAUGGAGGUUUGAAGACAGAACAGGUCUAUGGGUCAGAAGCGGUGCUGGAUACAUUAAAAAAGAGGGCACUCAGAUGACGUGGAGUUUCGUGGCUCCAAAUUUAGGAUACUGGCUUGCAGCAUUUCCCUCAACCUCAGGGACAGGUCUGAACACCUCUGGUCUAAGAGACAUCACUACCUACCACACCAUUUUCCUGCUAGCGAUUCUGGGUGCCAUGGCCCUGCUAGUGCUUAUUCUGCUGUGUUUGCUACUGUACUACUGCAGGAGGCGAUGUCUGAAACCUCGGCAACAUCGUCGGAAAAUGCACUUCUCAUCCACUCUGGAGAGUUCAAAGAGAGACCAGGGUACAUCCACUUCCCACCUCAAUCUCAUCAGUGGUGGACACGUGGAGACAGCCUCCUCGGCCGGUGACCAUGACGGCAUCAAAUCUGACAUUUCCUCCAACCGUGAUCUCCACAGCUCUCGAGAGGACUUCUUCAGACAUGGCCCCACACAGAGACAGCACAACUCUAGGAUGAAUGCUGACACAAAGCGAGGAGAGAGCUUCCCAUUGAAGGCCACUCGCUCUUCAAACACAGGAACUCGAGACCCGCUCCUACAGGAUGACUUUAGCAAAGGUUACAGCUCUGCUGAGGACUUAGAUGAGCGCAGAUACCAUCACCAUAAUGCUAAAGAAAACCAGGGCUAUUCAUCAGACCCACCUUCUCCGCCUCCACUUUUGCCACCAUUUGCUGGUCACUAUCAGGAUCACAGUCGGGACAGCAAACCACCGGAGUAUUAUGCAUUGGCAGGGGAUCACCUCACGCGGCCCAGUUCUGUCAACACCCAGCCUGGCCAGCUGAUCUUCUGUCACUCCAUGGAGCAGAUGAAGGAGAGCAUGUACCACAGCAUGGUACCCACAUUGGUCAUCCCUGCACAUUACAUGCAUAUGUCCCCUGACAUGUCAGCUGUGGAGCAGGCAAUGGAAAGGCAGCAACAGCUGCAGCAUGAUAUGGAGGGCAUCCAGGUUAGCAUGACACUGCCACGGCAACAGAGUCAACAACAAAAGCAACAGCAGCAGCAGGCCAGGCAAGAAAAUGAAGAGGAAGAGUCUAGCCAGCAAGCAGAGGGACCUUCAGAGGAGAACUGGGGAUCGGAACAAUCCACUGCCCCAGUCCGAAUUCCUGUCCUUUUCAAUGACUCCACUAUUGCACAAAUGAAUGGAGAGUUGCAAGCAAUGACGGAGAAGAAGCUGAUGGAGCUUGGGGUAAAGCCGCACCCUCGUGCCUGGUUUGUUUCCCUUGAUGGUCGUUCAAACUCUCUUGUUAGACACUCCUACAUUGAGCUGAGCAAUGAAGCCAUGCGUGCAUCCGUGGGCCCCAGCAAUCUAGCCCAGGACCGCCGUACUGAAACACUCCCAGUGAGUUCAGGGAAAUCUACUCAACGAAAAGCAAAGGAGGAGGGCAAGGUGAAGGAGGGAGGUGAAAGAAAAGCUCAUGGAAAGAUUUAUUCCAAGCUUCCCGUAAUCGAAACGCCAGACUCAAGCAGCGAGUGCCAUUCAGCCAUGUACUCACCUGAGGAGAACUCCACAGUGCCACUGCUUGACGAGACCUCGGAGUCCAGAGGUGGGACGUUUCCUCGGAAAGGCCGCAGUCGUGACAAUAGCACCCGUAGUAGUGCCAGCGAGGUCCACAGAGACUCUGUCACCAGUCCUGAUGAUGACAAUGAAGCCGAUGACAAAGAUGAAGACGGCGAGAAUAAGAAGAGCCCCUGGCAAAAGCGUGAAGAGAGGCCCCUCAUGGUGUUCAACGUCAAGUAACUCACAUGCUGUCCAGGACUGGUUAUGGCACCAUCUUGGCUAUACCCUUCUUUUGCAUAGAUGCUCAGUAGUGAUGAGUUGUGAAGAUGCAGAGCUGGCGGAUGAAAAGCACAAGACACAUGGCACUUACCUGAGUGCGGUAUCUGUUCCAACCGUCAAGACUAGGUACCAAGAAUUAGCACUGAAUGCCGCUUGUAAAGAAGCGUCUGAAGUCCUCACACUCUCUUGGAUGUCCUUCAGAUGGCUUAGACAUCUGAUGUAGUUCUAGCAGCAGCUCAUGAAGCCAGAGGAAGUCGUAACUUUGAAUCUGCACUCAAGAUGCUGACUCACUUUCCUUAAGUGAUGCCCGUUUUUUGGAAGAAUUACCAUGAGCCAUUUUAGAACUGACUUUGGGAAGCGAUCCAUAAGCCUUAAAGAGCUUUUUUCUUUUCAGAAGAAAUAUGAAUAUAAAAAUGAAUAUAAAUUUGAUAUUGAUGAAAAGGGGGGCUGUUGUAAGGAUUCAGAGAUUUUAUCAGUUUAGUUGGCUUUUAUUGUAGUGGUUUACGCAAACAUUUAAUUUGUUUAUAUGACUAUGUAGACCUGAACCAUUAAGAUGUGUGGAAAUCGUGCAUUUCACAGAAAGGGGUGAAAUGGUUGCUGAAUAAAUUUGUGUUUAUUCCGAUGUGACUUAUCCUAGUGGUUGACACAUAAUGACACUGUAUUUUGUACUGUUGGUAAAAGUUCCCCUUUUGUACUUAUCUAAAACCAGUGUUGCCAUUUUGAAAUAUAUAUGUUUAGGGAGACUGUUUGGGCUAGGAAAGCUGCUUUUAGAUAUGAAUAAAAGGUUCUGCUUAUAUACAGAAUGCAUUUUGUACUCUGAAUAAGCCUUCCUGUUGGGUCAGUGCAGCAAUAGGAAUUGUGUUUUGAGGGACUUACUUUGGACACCUGUGAAAAUAUGUUUUUGGACUAAUAUUUGCUGCAGUGCAUCAUAAUUUUUGCCACAAAUCUGAACCACUGCAACUCUGUUAACUGUGGAAGUUAAAAUUUGAACCUUUUAGAUAUGAAUAAAAGGUUCUGCUUAUAUACAGAACACAUUUUGUACUCUGAAUAACCCUUCCUGUUGGGUCAGUGGAGCAAUAGGAAUUGUGUUUUGAGGGACGUGCUUUGGACACUUGUGAAAAUAUGUUUUCGUACUAAUCUUUGUUGCAGUGCAUAAUAUUUUUUUUGCCAUAAAUCAUAACCACUGCAACUCUGUUAACUGUGGAAGUAAAAAUAUGAACAUUUUUAUUGGAGUUUUUUUGUGUGUGACUGAAGAUACAGAAUAUGCUGUACAUUGAUGUACAUGGAUGAAUUUACACAACAACAACAAAAAAUUGUCAAGUAUUUUUUUAAAGCAAGUAUUGCUUAAUUAAGCACUCUUAUUAAACUCUAUGAACCACUUAUUUGUAAAUAACACCUUAGUAAAUUUACACCCUCACUUUGGUUCUGUGCAUUUUAUUUUUGUCUGAUUACUAAACACCUUCGGCCUCUGGUUACUGGCCAAAUUCAUGUCACACUGUACCUGUGAUUUCCAUUCAGCAGUUGACAUUUUAUUGUAAUAAUGACUUUAUGUCUUGUGAAGCAUUAGCCAUUGAAUUUGUUAUUUCUAAAACUGAACAAGAACCUACGAUGUACCGACAGAAGUCUUUCAUUCCUCUUCAAACGAACUGCUGAAUUUUCACAACUUUCAGGAAAGUCUAUAUAGAUAUUUUUAGUGAUGUUCCUACGUCAUUACAGAAGUUAUGUUGAAGAAUUUACUGUAUUAUAUUAUAUAUUAUAAUAGUUACAAAAUACAUUUUGCAUUGCAGUUUUAUCAUUUGGAUCUGUACAUCACCUGUAAAGUUGAGAUUUUCACAUAAAAGCAUUUGGCAACUGAA